UACUGAACUCCAGUCAGCUCUUUCCAGAUCUGGACAGGGAACUCGUGCCUUCUGACUCAUGCCUUCCCUCUCCUGUCCUCCCUUUCUCACUUCUCCUGCCUGCUUUACACUGUCUUCCUGGACUGUGACUUGUUGACUGACACCUUAUUACUUACCCAGAUCUUAAUUAAGGAAAACCAAGGUUAGCUCUAUGAUUGCUUUGAUCACUGAAUCUCAGACUCAUACGUUUCAGCAAACAUCUCCCUGCUUUGAAGCCCCAGAAAAUUGUAAAUGUUGACACAAGCCGAGUGCUAUUGUGCCCUGGUUUUGUCUUGGGAACCCGUGCUAUAGUCUAAAUGGCUUCAAGGAAGUCUGGAUCAGAUUUCCACAAUACUGGACCCCUCAGUUAUCUGGAUGAUGUUCCUUUCAAGAUCAGCGAUAAGUUCAGGUGUCCAGCAAAAGUGGGCCUGCCCAUCGGCUUCUCUGUGUCCAAAUACUCACAAAGCCUCACGGAGUUAGAGUAUGAUUUUUCCCUGGAGCGGCGGACCGUGCAGUGGGCGGAGGAGCUGGCGGAGAUGCGGGCGCAGCUGAAGGCCGAGGCCGCCCAGGCUGAGCGCGAGGGGGCCGGGCAGGAGGGGCGGCCCAACGGCGAGCUCUCCCCGCCGGGUGACCACGCGGCCACCACGCCGCCUGCCGUCCCACCUCCCGCCAUUAACCCGGUGCUGGCAGGACUGCGCCACAAUGCCAUCUUGAUGCCCCUCCCCGCUCCCAGUAUGGCCAGACAGCGAGAGCCCAGUCCUCCGCUGCCUCACUACUUCAACCUGGCCGACUUUGAGUGCGAGGAGGACCCCUUCGACAAGCUGGAGCUCAAGACCCUCAACGACAAGGAGGAGCUGCGGAGCAUUUUGCAGCUGCAGGCCGUCACCCCGCCGGAGCCCAAAACGCAGCUUUCCAAGCCGGACCAGCAGCACAAACCCAACGGACUGGUGACCCUGCUGCAGCUCGACGGGCCUGGAGGGCCCCUGUCCUCUUCCCCCCCCGCCCUGGGCCCCAGGGGGCCCCUGCCCACCUUCCCCUGCAACAUUCGCUCCCUGUCUUUCCCUAAGCUGUCAGAGUCUGAGGAAAGGCGCCCAACCCCUGUGUCCGAGGACCAGCAGAGCUGCAGUGGCUCUGUGGGCCCUACAGCCCGGGAUCACUCCAAUGGUACUUCUUCCUUGCUACGGGACACUGUCAAGACUCGUCCUGAUGGGCACGAGGAUCCCCUCGGUAACCCUUCUUGUCCCCCAGUUCUUGGGGAACUGCAUAGCCACACACAGAAUGGAGUGACAAAACAGACUAAUGCCCGCAAAGCUUCCCAAGGCAACAUGGCUCCCUCUGACAUGCAAGGAAGGUACUGUGGGCUGCUGCAGGCUCUGUCACCCAGUGAACGCGAGUGUGUACAGAUCAUCGUCAACAUGGGAUACCCCUUUGAGGAGGUCAUCAAAGCCAUGCAGAAGCAGGGUCAGAACUUGGAGCAGGUUCUGGAUUACCUGUAUGUGCAUGAGCGUCUGUGUGACCGGGGCUUUGAUGCCAGCUCUGUGGAGGAGUGUCUGGAGAUGUACCAGUGCUCCGAGGAGAAGGCCCUGGAGUUCCUGCAGUUGAUGUCGAGGUUUCGGGAGAUGGGUUUCGAGCUCGACGCGAUCAAGGAGGUGCUGCGGGUCCACAAUAACGACCAAGACAAGGCGCUGGAGGACCUCAUGUCUCGCACCACCGCCAGCUGAGAGCUGCCUGCAGACUCGCGCUAACCCCUUGUUCCCUCCUUCUCCUCUCCACUGAGGCACAAGCAUCAGCUCCGCUCCAGAGAGAGAGAGGGGAGAGGGCAGGGGUGGGUGGGAGGGUCGAAAGAGGAAAAAAGCUGCCUUCUCCAGCUCUUUCCACCUUGGUUUUGCUGAACAAGGGGAUAGAACAAAAAAAAAAUGCAUUUCAGCGCUUUGGGUUUCUGGGCCUUUCAUGGGAGGCAGAGAGGGCAGCAGGCUAAGCGCUUGGACUCCGCAGUGGCCCUGAGUGUGAGACACAGAUAUAGCUACUGAGCUGCCAUCUUCAGCAAUCUAACCAGCCCCAGUAGGAUUCUGGUUAUAAAAUACCUAAGUUAAAGAAGCAAAGAGGCUAAAAAUCGGGGGGGAAAAACGAGACAACUACAAAAGUGCCCUUUCUGCAACUGAUGUGUUUCUUUCUUGGAAGGAGUUUAACUUAAUCUAUUGUUUUCUUGUUUUGGAAGAUUCUUCCCUUACUUUCUGGUUUAGAAACUGCAUUAAUGAACUAAAAAAGUAAUAUAAAGAAAGACUACUGCUGCACCUGUUUCUCUGGCACUGGAUGUGGACCGAAAACAACUGCAGGAGAUACAGAACUUUCACAAAAAAAGAGAUACAAACCUAUAUAAUAAAGGGGUACAGAACUGAAACGGAUAAGUGAAACGGAAAGCUGCUCCAAAUGGUGUAUCGAGGUGUAAAAGGAAUGUAAAAAAUACAGUAGGUUUGUGUUGAUGAGGAGCAGACCUUUAGUGCAAUAGAGACUGUAGUAUUGUGGCAGAGCUGCGCUGCUCCUGGGGGAAGAAACUGGGGGAGUGCUGCCUUUUGCCUUUGAACUGGAAAUUGGUUUUACACUGGCAGUUAUCAGCACCCUCUGUCUGAAGCACAGGGGUGUCAGAAGACUAGUGAGCGGACUGAUGCAUCAGGAUUUCUUGUGGCCUGGUCUGACAUCCUACGUGCUUAGGAGACUGUCACCAGCCCCAUAGCGAAAUAAAAGAAAAUAAAUUCUGUGCACUUUUUUUCUGUUAAAUCUGAUGUAAUUUUUUCAGAAUGGAUGGCUGUGACAGUGGAAGAAAGGUGCUUCCCAAUAGCGGUCGGGUUCAGAUUCAAUCCAAGACUGUGGGAGGUUUAAGAUGUGUAAAAGUGCCAUGUGAGGAAUUAUUUAUUUUAUUUAAUUUUGUCUUUAUCUUCCCUUCACACGGGGUAUAUGGGUCUCAAUAAAAAUUGCUUAAGACUUGGCAAGAGCAGCAGACACACUUAUGUAAUCAAUUCAGUACUUUAAAGCACUGGGUGGAAUUGAAGCAGGCGAUCUGCAGCCUUUGUGGACUGGAGCUGUGCAGUCCUGAGCUGAACAGCGCCUGGCGUGGUACAUACUGGACGUAGUGGACAGAAGUCACAGAAAGGAAACUACCAACACAAGCUGACCGCUCCAACAUUUCACCUCGUGCCCUAGAAGAGAUUGAACCUGGAGGCUCUUUUAGGAUAAGAGGUCCAGCUGUUCUGCUUAAAAAGCGUUAAACUAUAUCCAAAAGAAUGCAUCCAAAGACUGUUCUUUUUUAUAGUUUAGGACACAGAGGGAGUGUUUUAUGUUUUAGUGUGCAGUGUUUAGUUUGAGCCCUUCCAUCAGCAGUGAUCAUCUGUCCUGUAGACAUGAGCAAGAUGCCUGAAUCUCCCACACACUCUAUCUUCCUGCAGGGCUGUUCCAUUAAGUCUUUGGUUAUUUAAUGGAGCAGCCAGUAUUCCUCACAAACGGAAGUGUAGCCUUCCUGGAGUUGCAAACACAAGAACAUUUUACCAAGGUUAGUGUGGUUUUUGGAACAGUGGGUCUGUGUAGCUGUGGCCACACACAUUCCAUGACCGACGUCCAACAUAAUAGGCAUAUAUCAACACUAAGUAAAGCACUUAUGGGAAAUCUGAGGCAAGGAAAAUACAAGCAUUUGUAAUUAAAAGUUAUAUCAGUGCAAUGUUGCAAUGUAGCCGCCGAUUUCACUCCUUGGAUUAAUCAAUUUGAAUGGGCCGGACUGUGCUGAGAUAGCCUGGGGGAUUACCGAUUGUUGUUCAGUUUGGUUAGAGAGUUUUGUUCCUUGGCAACUUGGGGUGCUGUUGAACACUACAAAAAAAUUGACGGAUCAUUCUGUUUAUUCUGUGGGCGUGGGUGUUCCAGUUUUCUGACCCGUCUCGACAGCUCCCAGGAAAAGCAACACCAGAACAUUGACCGUGGAUUUACUUAUGCAGGGGCCUGAGAGGGGAAAAGGCUCUAGCCAUAAUCUGCUAGCCUGAACUGAAGUAUAGUGGUUAAGUGGUUAACAGCCAGAUUCCCUCAGGCAAGACCACAAGAAAGUGGAUCUUCUCUUAAAAGCAAAGUGUGCUUUUUGUUCCUGUUGUUGUACAGGACUCCAACCAGAGUGCAGGGGCAUAUUUACACCUGGGGAUCGAUUAAUUAUUCUACCAUAUCCUGGAAGUGCCACUGUGCUGAUUUCCAGGGGGUGCAGUCUGAUGAGACUGGGCGAUUGUUAUCUAGUAUGGAGAUAUGUUAUCCAUUGUCUCUGGAGUGCACAGUGACUGACGUUUAGGGACAUUAAAAUGUUAGGACUUUGCAAGUGCUUUUCCUAAAAUGCCUUGGGUGCUGAUUGACCUGCUUAUUCAUGCAGAUUGGUGUUUCUUUCUGGGCUGUAAAGAUUAUGGCUUGUUUGUCCUGUACCAAUGGUCCAAACUAGAACAGUGCUUCUUGUUUUAUGCCCCCGAGUGAGAGAGAGAGAACAGCUGCCUAAAUGUAGAUGUCGUGUUAAGGAGAGGUCCGUCUAGUAACCGAGUAUUUCAGCUGGUCCAGUUCAGGACGUUCAGGCUGUAUUUUUUACAGUCUUUUCAAGAAUACCUUGCAGUUGUUUAGCACGUUUCCCAUUAGGGUGCCAAUGUGCUGUUAUGUAAACCCUUGUGUUACUUUAUGUUGUAGACCUUCCUUCUUCCAGCGUGAACGUGAUGAAAACACACCACAGGUUAAGUGUCAUUUUUUUUUUUUACAGGUUUGAAACUGGGUAUUUUUUUUCUGUUUCGGUCUGUGAAGGCCUCUAAAAUUGUAAAAUUGUGCCAAAGUCCACGACUGAUGUCUUUUAGGGUUUGGAGAGGGCAUCUUGAAAUUUAUAUUCGGCAACCAGUGCCACAUCUGUAAGUUUUAUAUCCGCUGCCAGUCACAGAUGCAGCAUUGUGUAAAUCAGUGUUAAUAUAACAAAGCAGUUGAGUACAUUUAACCUAACACACUGCUGAAGGCGCUUCAGCAAGCUAGUAUCACUUUGAAUUUACAUUGAGAGGCAUAUGGGAGAAAAGGUCAGAGGUUUAAAUGCAUGUCAGUUCAGUGUGAGUGUGUACAGCUGACCACAGCCCCACUUGACAUAAAUAAUACUCCUCUACUUAUUUUUGGCACCAAAUCUAGCACUUUGGCUCCACAACACAGUCCAAGGCAGUAAACAGAGGAAUGGGGGUUCUCUAUCUCACCCAGCUGGAAUUAAGUCAGUUUCUCUAGUGGCACCACAUUUGACACACUGCUCAAAGAGCAGUGGCUCUGAAACAGCAUUUCAUGAGGCCGUAUUAACAGCUCUUAAUGUUGCCUCAAAAUAAGCCUGUGGGCUUAUAGAGUCAAUUGAGUGACUGGGUAAAUUUAACUUUCUUAAUUCUGUAAUUGCCAGAGGUGCGGGGGUUUAAAUAAGCAGUCUGGCACCUGUUUCAAUAAAUGCCUUCAGUUGUU